CUGGUUUGUAGUUCGCCAAAACCAGACACAACAAGAAGGCCAGAGCACAAACAGGAGGAGCCGUUGUUGCAAACAAGAGAGAGAAUACAGAGGGCUAAUGAAACAGCAGUGAUCGUAAAUGGUUUUCUUUUAAAAAAUAUUCAAAUUUAUGGUCAACAUAAUGCUUCUAAAACUAUAAAUACCUACAAUGAGAACCCUGUCUCGUCACAACUCAAGAAACAGAGCAAAGUAAUCAAAGAAGCCUUAGAGAAGGAUCUAAAGUUCGUUUAAGACAAAAAAAAAAAAUGUCAAGCACUGCUGGUCAAGUCAUAUGUUGCAAAGCUGCUGUGGCAUGGGAAGCUGGGAAGCCACUGGUAAUAGAAGAAGUGGAGGUGGCUCCUCCUCAAGCUAUGGAGGUUCGUUUGAAGAUCCUCUUUACCUCCCUCUGCCACACUGAUGUUUACUUCUGGGAAGCCAAGGGUCAAACCCCAUUGUUUCCUCGAAUAUUUGGUCAUGAAGCAGGAGGGAUUGUUGAGAGUGCCGGGGAGGGUGUGACAGACCUCAAACCUGGUGACCAUGUGCUUCCUGUCUUCACAGGAGAGUGUAAGGAAUGCCGACACUGCAAAUCAGAAGAGAGUAAUAUGUGCGAUCUUGAAUGCCGACAUUGCAAAUCAGAAGAGAGUAAUAUGUGUGAUCUUCUUAGGAUUAACACUGACAGGGGUGUGAUGCUGAAUGAUGGCAAGUCAAGGUUUUCGAUCAGAGGGCAGCCCAUUUACCAUUUUGUUGGCACCUCAACCUUUAGUGAGUACACUGUGGUUCAUGCUGGCUGUGUUGCCAAGAUCAAUCCUGCUGCUCCUCUUGACAAAGUUUGUGUUCUCAGCUGUGGAAUCUCUACAGGUCUUGGUGCCACCUUGAAUGUUGCAAAACCAAAGAAAGGCUCUUCGGUAGCCAUUUUCGGACUAGGAGCCGUAGGCCUUGCGGCUGCUGAAGGGGCUCGGAUUGCUGGUGCUUCAAGAAUCAUUGGUGUCGAUUUGAAUUCCAAAAGAUUCGAUGAAGCCAAGAAGUUUGGUGUCUCUGAGCUUGUGAACCCAAAAGAUCAUGACAAGCCUGUUCAAGAGGUGAUAGCUGAAAUGACCAAUGGAGGAGUUGAUCGAAGUGUCGAGUGCACUGGAAGCAUCAAUGCCAUGAUUUCUGCAUUUGAAUGCGUCCAUGAUGGAUGGGGCGUUGCUGUACUUGUUGGUGUGCCGAACAAAGAUGAUUCUUUCAAAACCCAUCCAAUGAAUGUCCUGAAUGAGAAGACUCUCAAGGGUACUUUCUUCGGCAACUACAAACCGCGCUCCGACCUUCCUUCUGUUGUCGAGAAGUACAUGAACAAGGAGCUGGAGCUAGAGAAAUUCAUCACCCAUGAAGUCCCUUUCUCAGAAAUCAACAAGGCUUUCGAGUACAUGCUUAGUGGAGCUGGCCUGAGGUGUAUUAUCCGUAUGGGUGCAUAAAAGAAGAGUGGUUUGGUUUGCCUGGGUAUGACAGGAAGCAAUAAAAUUCUUGUUUGAGAUUGUUGAUUAAAGAAAGUUCGUGUGUUUGAGUGUCAGAGUUUUUGAUAAAACAGUGUGUAAUUUCUUCCAUUGCAGAUCCGAAAAAAUAUAAAAUAGCCCAUUUCCGGCGUGUAUAUGUAAAUCAAAAUUUCACUUGUACUUUUUCAGUGCU